CGAGGCGGCGGCCACUCGAGAGCAGCUGCGCCUCCUGACGGAGCAGAGACGAGCAGAAGGAGCUCAGGUGUGUCCCGUGUGUUCCUCCCCGGUGCUCCUUCCACGGCGCGUGCAGCUGACAGAACAGACUUGGGCUGAAUCUGCAGCCACCAUGACGGACGCAGACAAGUUCCUGUACGGUGACCGCGGUGCGGUCAGCAACCCGCUGGCGCAGGCGGACUGGGCCACCAAGAAGCUGGUGUGGGUCCCCAACGAGAAGCUGGGCUUCGAGGUCGGCUCCCUCAAAGAGGAGCAGGGGGACGAGUGCGUGGUGGAGCUGGUGGAUUCUGGCAAGAAGGUGAAGAUAAACAAGGAUGACAUCCAGAAAAUGAACCCUCCCAAGUUCAACAAGGUGGAGGACAUGGCGGAGCUCACCUGCCUGAACGAGGCUUCGGUUCUGCACAACCUGAAGGAGCGGUACUACUCCGGACUCAUCUACACGUACUCCGGCCUCUUCUGCGUGGUCAUCAACCCGUACAAGCACCUGCCCAUCUACAGCGAGGAGAUCGUCAACAUGUACAAGGGCAAGAAGAGGCACGAGAUGCCCCCCCACAUCUACGCCAUCACAGACUCGGCGUACAGGAGCAUGAUGCAAGACCGGGAGGAUCAGUCCAUCCUCUGCACUGGGGAGUCGGGUGCAGGAAAAACCGAGAACACAAAGAAAGUCAUUCAGUAUCUCGCUCAUGUGGCCUCAUCCUUCAAGUCCAAAAAAGAUCAGGGCAGCGCAGUGUUGUUACAUGGAGAACUUGAGAAGCAGCUGCUGCAGGCCAACCCCAUCCUGGAGGCCUUCGGCAACGCAAAGACGGUCAAGAACGACAACUCCUCCAGAUUUGGGAAGUUUAUCAGGAUCAACUUCGACGUGACAGGUUACAUCGUUGGAGCCAACAUUGAGACCUAUCUGCUGGAGAAAUCCCGCGGCAUCAGACAAGCCAAAGAUGAGAGGAGCUUCCACAUCUUCUACUACAUGCUGUCAGGAGCCGGAGACAAAAUGAGAGCUGACCUGUUGCUGGAGGAUUUCAGCAAAUAUCGAUUCCUGUCAAACGGAAAAGUGACCAUUCCUGGCCAGCAGGACAAAGACCUGUUCAAUGAAACCAUGGAGGCCUUCAACAUCAUGAGCAUCCCAGAGGAGGAAAGCACUGGUUUGCUGAAGGUCGUGUCGGCCGUUCUGCAGCUGGGGAACAUGAGCUUCAAGAAGGAGCGGAACUCGGAUCAGGCGUCCAUGCCUGACGACACGGCUGCUCAGAAGGUCUGUCACCUCCUGGGCAUCAACGUGACGGACUUCACGCGGGCCAUCCUGUCACCGAGGAUCAAGGUUGGGAGGGACUACGUGCAGAAGGCGCAGACGCAGGAGCAGGCCGAGUUCGCUGUCGAGGCUUUGGCUAAAGCCUCGUACGAGAGGAUGUUCCGCUGGCUGGUCCUCCGCAUCAACAGAGCUCUGGACAAGACCAAACGGCAGGGAGCCUCCUUCAUAGGAAUCCUGGACAUCGCCGGAUUUGAGAUCUUUGAGUUGAACUCUUUUGAGCAGCUGUGCAUCAACUACACCAAUGAGAAGCUGCAGCAGCUCUUCAACCACACAAUGUUCAUCCUGGAGCAGGAGGAGUACCAGAGGGAGGGCAUCGAGUGGAGCUUCAUCGACUUCGGCCUGGACCUGCAGCCCUGCAUCGACCUCAUCGAGAGGCCGGCCGGCCCCCCGGGCAUCCUGGCGCUGCUGGAUGAGGAAUGUUGGUUCCCCAAAGCCACGGACAAGUCUUUUGUGGAGAAAGUGGCUCAAGAGCAGGGAAAUCACCCCAAGUUCCAGAAACCCAAGAAGCUGAAGGACGACGCAGACUUCUGCAUUAUUCACUAUGCUGGAAAGGUGGAUUACAAAGCAAACGAAUGGUUGAUGAAGAACAUGGAUCCUCUGAACGAGUCCGUGGCCACUUUGCUAAACCAGUCGACGGACAAGUUUACCGCAGACCUGUGGAAAGACGUGGAUCGCAUUGUCGGGCUGGACAAGGUGGCCGGCAUGUCGGACUCUGCACACGGAGCGUUCAAAACCCGGAAAGGCAUGUUCCGCACCGUCGGCCAGCUCUACAAGGAGCAGCUGGGGAACCUGAUGACCACCCUGAGGAACACCAACCCCAACUUUGUCCGCUGCAUCAUCCCCAACCACGAGAAGAAGGCCGGAAAACUGGAGCCCCACCUGGUUCUGGAGCAGCUCAGGUGCAAUGGAGUCCUGGAGGGAAUUCGGAUCUGCAGACAGGGUUUCCCGAACCGCAUCGUCUUCCAAGAGUUCAGGCAGAGAUACGAAAUCCUGACUCCCAACGCAAUUCCCAAAGGAUUCAUGGAUGGGAAGCAGGCCUGUGUGCUCAUGGUCAAAGCUCUGGAACUGGACCCGAACCUGUACCGCAUCGGUCAAAGUAAGGUGUUUUUCCGGGCUGGAGUCCUGGCCCACCUGGAGGAGGAGAGAGACCUGAAGAUCACCGACGUGAUCAUCAGCUUCCAGGCCUGGUGCAGAGGAUAUGUGGCCCGCAAAGCUUUUACAAAGAGGCAGCAGCAGCUGACGGCCAUGCGGGUCAUCCAGCGAAACUGUGCAGCUUACCUCAAACUGAGGAACUGGCAGUGGUGGAGGCUCUUCACCAAGGUGAAGCCUUUGCUGCAGGUGACACGACAGGAGGAGGAAAUGGUUGCCAAGGAGGAGGAGCUGCUGAAGGUGAAGGAGCAACAACAGGAGGCUGAGAAGAGGGUCAAAGAGUAUGAGUUGAAACAGCAACAGCUGACUGAGGAGAAGCUGGCUCUUCAGGAGCAGCUUCGGGCCGAGACGAUGCUGUGUACGGAGGCAGAGGAGAUGAGAGCCCGUCUGGCCGCCAGGAAGCAGGAGCUGGAGGAAAUACUGAACGACCUGGAGUCUCGCCUGGAAGAAGAGGAGGAAAGGGCCUCUCAUAUGCAAGUCGAGAAGAAAAAGAUGCAGCAGAACAUCAUUGACCUGGAACAACAGCUGGAUGAGGAGGAAGCAGCCAGACAGAAGCUUCAGAUGGAGAAGGUUACUACAGAUGCCAAGCUGAAAAAACUGGAGGAGGACAUCAUGGUGCUUGAAGACCAAAAUGGCAAGCUGAACAAGGAGAAGAAGCUCCUCGAGGAGAGGAUCUCCGAGUUCACCACCAACAUGGCAGAGGAGGAAGAGAAGUCCAAAAGUCUGCAGAAGCUGAAGAACAAACACGAAGCCAUGAUCACGGAACUGGAAGAUCGUUUGAGAAAGGAAGAGAAGAUGCGUCAGGAGCUGGAGAAGAACCGACGUAAACUUGAGGGCGACUCAUCCGAGCUUCACGACCAGAUGCUGGACCUGCAGGCCCAGAUCGACGAACUCCGCGCUCAGCUGGCAAAGAAGGAGGAGGAGCUCCUUGCUGCACUUGCAAAGAUCGAGGAGGAAGCUGCAGCGAAGAACACGGCCCAGAAGAAAGUCAGGGAGCUGGAAGCCCAGAUCUCUGAGCUCCUGGAGGACCUGGAGCUGGAGAAGCAGGCGCGCUCCAAGACCGAGAAACAGCGCCGAGACUUGGGAGAGGAGCUGGAAGCCCUGAAGGCUGAGCUGGAGAACAGUCUGGAUUCCACUGCAUUGCAAAAGGAGCUCAAGGACAAGCGUGAGAGCGAAGUGGCUCAGCUGAAGAAGACUCUGGAGGACGAGGCCCAGUCUCACGAGCAGCAGUUGGCCGACAUGAGACACAAGCACAAUCAAGCCUUUGAGGAGCUGAACGAGCAGCUGGAACAGGCCAAGAGGAGCAAAGUGUCCGUGGAGAAGACCAAGCAGGCCCUGGAGAGCGAGCUGAACGAGCUGCAGAUCGAGAUGCAGUCUUUGACUCAGGCCAAAGGAGACUCUGAACACCGCCGCAAGAAGGCCGAAGCUCAACUCCAGGAGCUUCAGAUCAAAUCCACGGAGAGUGAGCGACAGAGGAAGGAACUUUCUGAGAAGCUGACCAAAAUGCAGGCCGAGCUGGAGACCGUGAACAGCUCACUGAGCAAAGCAGAAGGCAACGCCAUCAAAUCCAGCAAGGACCUGAGUUCAGUGCAGUCCCAGCUGCAGGACACGCAGGAACUGCUCCAGGAAGAAACCCGGCAGAAGCUGGCCCUCACCAGCCGCCUGAAGCAGAUGGAGGAACAGCAGAACAACCUGAGGGAGACUCUGGAGGAAGAGGAAGAGGCCAAAAGAAAUGCGGAGAAGCUGGUCGCCUCUCUCCAGGCCCAAGUGGCAGAUAUGAAGAAGAAAAUGGAAAACGACACUUCGGUGCUGGAAGGGGCGGAAGAAGGCCGCAAGAAGGUCCAGCGAGAGCUGGACAGCCUGCUGCUGCAGCUGGAGGAGAAGACGGCCGCCUACGACAAACUGGACAAGACCAAAACCCGCUUGCAGCAGGAGCUGGAUGAUCUGCUGGUGGACCAGGACCAGCUGAGGCAGAUCGUUUGCAACCUGGAGAAGAAGCAGAAGAAGUUCGAUCAGAUGCUGGCAGAGGAGAAGACCAAUUCCACCAAAUGUGCAGAGGAACGCGACCGGGCCGAGGCCGAAGCCAGAGAAAAGGAAACGCGAGCGCUCAACCUGACGCGCGAGCUGGAGACCAUGACGGGACUCAGGGACGACUUGGAGCGGGCCAACAAGCUCCUCAAAGCAGAAAUGGAGGACUUGAUCUCUUCUACAACUGGCGUCGGCAAGAAUGUUCACGAGCUGGAGAGGGCAAAGCGGGCCAUGGAGCAGCAGCUGGAGGAGAUGAAGCUUCAGCUGGAGGAGCUGGAGGAUGAGCUGCAGCUGACGGAAGACGCCAAGCUGCGUCUGGAGGUCAACUUGCAGGCCACGAAAGCGCAGUUUGACCGAGACCUCCAAGCCAAAGAGGAGCAAGGAGAGGAGCGGAGGAAGCAGCUGGUGAAGCAGGUGCGCGAUAUGGAGGUUGAGCUGGAGGAGGAACGCAGACAACGCAGUCAGGCUCUCACAUCCAAAAAGAAACUGGAGCUCGACCUGGCGGAUCUUGAGGCGCAGAUCGAUCUUGCCAACAAAGGGCGCGACGACGCCCUGAAGCAGCUGAAGAAGCUCCAGGCCCAAAUGAAAGACCAAACGAGGGAGCUGGAGGAUCUCCGUUUGUCCAAAGAUGAAGCCGUUAACUCUGCUAAGGAGACGGAGAAGAAGCUGAAAGCUUCAGAGGCAAACUCCCUGCACCUCCAGGAGGAUCUGGCAACCUCAGACAGAAUGAAGAAGCAACUUCAGAGGGAGAGAGACGAGCUGCAGGACGAAGUGAACAGCGGCAUCACCAAGAACUCCCUGCUGACCGAGGAGAAGAGGAGGCUGGAGGCUCGCAUCACUCAGCUGGAGGAGGAGCUGGAAGAGGAGCAUCUCGACAAGGAGAUGACCAAUGAUCGUCUGAGAAGAGCCACACAGCAGAGCGACCAGCUGACCACCGAGCUCGCUACAGAGCGCAGCAACUCCCAAAAGCUGGAGGGAAGUCGCUCCCAACUGGAUCGGCAGAACAAGGAGCUGAAGCUGAAGCUGCAGGAGAUGGAGGGAGCAAUCAAGUCCAAGUACAAGUCCACAAUCUCCACCAUGGAGGCCAAAAUUGCUCAACUGGAAGAGCAGCUCGACAAGGAGGCCAAGGAUCAUCAGCAAGCAGCCAAGCUGACCAGGAAGACGGAGAAGAAGCUCAGGGAGGUGAUGCUGCAGGCUGAGGAUGAGCGGCGCCAGUCCGAAAUCAGCAAGGAUGAGGUAAACAAGGCCAACAGCAAAAUCAAUCAGCUGAAACGGCAGCUGGAGGAAACGGAGGAGGAUCUGUCGCGGGCCAACGCCAAAGCCAGGAAGCUGCAGAGGGAGCUGGACGACGCCAACGAGUCCGCGGAUGCCAUGAACCGGGAAGUCAGCAGUCUGAGGAGCAAGCUCAGGCGUGGGGACCUGCCUUUAAAUACGCGGCGGGGUUUGAAUCGCAGCGGCCUGGAGAGCGACGAAGAUCUGGAACUGACGGGCCAAGUGUCCGAGCCGGCGGCUGAGUGAGCGGCGGCGGGUUAGAGCCACAAGGGAGGAGUCAUUGGUGCCCACCGUGAACAUGCAACUACAGUUCUAGAACGUUAGCAGUCAGUCGAUCAGCCCUUAUGCUCCAGCUUUCCAUAAAAAAAAAAAGGCUCAUCUUCCAGCUUCAAUCUCAUUUUAAUCCCAAAUCAUCAAAUAAUUCUAUUUUUCUACUGGCUGGACUUCUUUUUAUCAUGCAAGCUGUUACAAUGUCAGUUUUUCUGUAGGUUUACAGGUUGGCGUCACUGAGAUUAACGGACUCGGCUUUGCACACAUUUGGUGUUGAAUGCAGUUCCAGCCUGUAGUUCUGAAUCUGCACCGUUUAACCACCGUGUUCCACUGAGGUUCUGGUAGUUAUGUCACCGUUUGGGUUCUUCGUGCACCUGCUGAUCUUGCAUUCUGUCAGUUAUUGGUGAUGGGUUACUUUCUUAAAAAGGGAUUUUCUAUCGCUGCUUUAACCAGAUUAAGUGCAUAUUUUUAAUAUGUCCCACCACUGUAUUAUCAAAGUAGCUGCAUGUCAUCGAUGCCAAUGUUCAAAAAGUAUUCUAUUAAAUGCCUUAUUGCAAUAAACUAUCAGACUACUUUA